UUGUGACAGAGCCGAGUGACACGGCGAAGAGGAGACUUCUUUUCUCCGCGGGCGUCCGGGCGUUUUAGUGGGAGGCGUCUUUGGAAGCAGGACACGUACGUCCUUCAUUCCUGCAACCAGCCACCAAAGGUGCAGACACGUGUGCGUCUUAACAGAGAUACGUGCGCAGAACCGCUUCCAUGAUAUGUGGAUCUGAACAUACCUGAGAUAUGACGACCGAGUACAGCAUGAACAGAUUCUCUGAAAACCUGGUCUUGGAUGGCUCAGAGAGGGGCGGGGUCAUCAAGGGGAUGCCGGGCGGUGUUGGAAACGGUGCGGUGCAGACAGGGGGCGACAUCGUAGCGGCCACGAUACGUCUGGAUCAUCUGGAACAGAAUGAAGUGCUGAACAUCCUGAAGGUGCUGCAGCCAUAUGAUAACAACCUACAGGUGGUGACCAAGAAUGACGCAAAUGCCAACGACGGCAUCGGCUCUCUGGGAUUCAACCCGGCUGAGGUGCUCGGCGGGGACUUGAUGAAGAAGGCAGAUCUGGAUAACGCAGCUGAGAAACCCGUCCUUUCUCUUGAUAACUUGACGGGAAAGUUAAAUGAGGCUCAGAGCUUCGGGGGCCAGUUAAAUAAUUCGGUGAUCAAUGAUCUUCCCGAUGUUAAUCUAACUAAACCGUCAGCCGACGCCGGGGCAGAGUUCACGUUACCUGGUGUGGCAAAGGCCGGAACAGAUCUUAACGGGAGCUUCGGAGCACCCGCUGUCAAUUUGGCAAGUCCGCACCUCAACAACCUCGACGCCUCGCUUGACAUUGGCGAGUCGGUGGCGGAUACGGGUAACCUGAAGUUCAAGGCUCCGCAGUUCACCAUGCCAAGAUUCGACCUCCCGCAAAUCCCGACCUCGGAAUUAGAAGGUGAAGUCAACUUCCCAUCAGUUCGUAAGGAAAACGUAGACCUCAAUCUAUCCUCGCCAAACAUCCGCAGUCCCGAUGUGGACCUAAAUGGACCCGAUGUUCACUUCCAAGCCCCAAACGCUGACCUCGGCGUAGCGUCGGAUAAAAUCAAGUGGCCCCACCAAAAAUGGAAAGGACCAAAGCUGAAGGGACCAGAGGCAACACUAAACGCUGAUCUGCAUGCGCCAAAACUUGACGGGGAUCUAAGCGCACCAGGGAUCCAUUUGCCCCAGGGUGACAUCAAAGGCCCCGAUGUAGAUGUUCAGGCCCCAAAUCUGGACUUGGGUGCCCCAUCUGGAAAAAUCAAUUGGCCGCAUUUGAAGUGGAAGAAGCCCAAAACACCGGACCUUGACGUCUCGGUCCCGACAGUUGAGGGCGGACUCAACACACCGGAUCUUGAUGUCAACUUGCCAAAGGCCGACAUUAAAGGCCCCGAUUUGGACACCCAACCCCCAGCGGCUAAAAUAAACUGGCCCCACCUGAAAUGGAAGAAACCAAAAGUCAAGGGUCCAAAGGCAGACUUGGAUAUCGACGCAGGUCUGAAUACGCCGUCUUUAGAACCUCCACAUCUUCAGAACGACGUUAAUGCUCAGCUGGACAUCCCGACUGUUGACGUUAAAGGUCUGAAUUUGAACGGCGAGACCCCGAAUCUUGACAUGGGGGCUCCGUCUGGAAAAUUUAACUGGCCUCACUGGAAAUUGAAGAAACCCAAACUACCCGAAGCUAAAGUCGACAUGGACCUCAAUGCAGAUCUGAACACCCCAGAUGUGGAUGUGUCUGCUCCGAGGUUCGAAGGUGGCAUCAACACCCCGGACCUCAACUUACCAGAUGUUGACGUCAAAACGCCGGAUGUUGACAUCGGGGCCCCUUCCGGCAAAGUCAAGUUCCCAACACUGAGAAAGUUUCUGUUUUCUGGACCCAAACUGAAAACCCCAAGUGUUGACCUUGAUACUGAUGUGAAAACCCCUGACCUCGGCCUUUCUGCUCCGCAGGUCCAACUUAACGGACCGGAUGUGAAUUUACCCAAAACCGAUAUCAAUGCUAAAGCUCCUGACGUAGACGCAUCUGGAAAGAUCAAAUGGCCCACCCUGAAAAAACCAAGGUGGUCAGUCUCAGGUCCUAAGGUGAAUGGCCCGGAUAUCGAUCCUCCUGACCUGAACCUCGCCGGUCCAAGGAUUGAUGGCGAGUUCAACACCCCAGAUGUAAAACUGGAUGGACCAAAGUUAGACGUGGAUGGAAAAUUGAAAUGGCCCAAGAAGCCCAAGUUCGGCACCCUGAAAGGCGGAACACCUGAUAUUGACGCCGACGUCAAGUUGCCAAACGUGGAUUUGAAUGCGCCAAAUAUUGACGCUCCAGACCUCAAUCUCAAAAGUCCUAAUGUAGAUCUUCAGGGUCCCGAUCUCAACUUUGAGCCGAGUGAUGCUAAAGUUAAGAUCCCAAAACUGAAGGUCCCAAAGUGGCCCAAAGUCAAGGGCCCUCAAGUGGAUACCGGUAUAGAUAUGGAUGGACCUGAUGUAGAUCUGAAAGCCCCUGGUCUUCAAGCCAGUCUUGAUACACCCGAUGUUGACCUCGGUUUACCUAAAGCGGGUCUCCAGACUCCGGACCUUGAUGUUUCAACUAAGAAACCAAAAUUCCCCAAACUGCAUUUGCCAACCUUUUCGGGGCCAAAAAUCGAAAAACCUAAUCUUGAUCUUGACGCUGAUCUCAAGACGCCUGGUGUGGAUUUGAGUCCACCGCAUGUUGGUGUCUCAACGCCAAAAUUCGAAGCUCCAGACCUCAGAGGUCCAAGUGUGGAUCUUCACACUCCUGAUCUGAAGUUUCCGACAUUUUCAGCGCCCAAACUGGAAAAACCGAAUAUGGAUGUUGAUGGUGAUGUCAAGGUGCCAAAUGUGGAUUUGAGUGGGCCGCGUGUUGGUCUUAAAGGCCCGGACUCACAGUUCAAAACACCGGAUCUAGACUUUGAUUCCCGGCAGGGCGACUUUAUGUUGCCUCAUUACAAACUUCCAAAACUUGAUCUUUCACGUUCUGGCGAACUGGAGGCGCCCAGGGUCAACAUAGGUUCUCCUCGAGCAGAUGCAAACAUCUCAGCUCCUGCUGUAGAUGCGGUAAAUGGUCCGAUGUUGAAGGGUAGCCUCAAAGGUCCAACGGUAGAUAUGACAGGUCCGAAAGUAGACGCUGAUCUGGAAAAGCCGAAACUUCCGCAUUUCAAGCUUCCUAAAAUGAGUUUUUCCGGGUCAAAAACUAAAACUCCGGAGCUUGAUGCUUCUCCAAAACUGUCUCCUGUGGAUGUCUCUGCCCCGGAAAUCAACACACCCGAAGUAGCCAUCAAAGCCGGCGGAGAUGCUGACGUGAGAGCUUCCCCGAAAAGUAAACUGAAGUGGCCCUUUAAAUGGGGAUUGAAGUCCAGCUCCGACGCGGACGACGAGGGCGCUAACGCCGAAACGGACGCGCCCGUAUUCCGACUACAUAACCUGCCUAGAAACUGCAUCGAGCAGAAAAUGGGAGCAGGACUUCCCGAUACAUUUAGCCUAUCCCGACUGGACAGCGAGGACAAGGAUUACGUCGUCAGCAAAGGAAUCCGCUUGCCGGUCGUGAACGUGCCGUUAAGAAACGGAGAAAAAAUCGACAUCAUGGAGAGGCUGAAAAUGGCGAAGGAAAAAGCGCCUUCAAGUAACACCUCACCGACGGAGGAGAAGAACAUCGCGUUGAAGACUCCCGAUGAAGCCAAUUUAUUCCGAGGAGGGACUUUCAAAGUGGACAAGCCGGCGUCUCCGCUGGGGUUGUUUGCUCCCGAGAUUUCUUCAUCAGAUGAAAACGAGAAAUUAUCCUUAGGUCUCUCCAACAUGCUGGGCCUGAACGUCAAUGAUGUCCAAUGUUAGCGUCAAUAAAGUUUUGAUGGAGAGACUUGUUGUGUAUAUUCUUGUUAUUUAUGUAUGCGCUUUUUGUCUACUUUGCAAAUAUUCCCUUUCCCUGUGUACCGUUUUGGAAAAGUAACUCCACCUUUUAAGCCAAUUGUGAGUGAAUGUGAUUUUAAUCUUUGUUCAAUAAAACAUUUCUUUAUGAUAUUCA